GUAGUUAGUUUGUCGACCGAAUUGUGUUCAAGCAAGUCAUUUUAUUUUUCAUACUCGGCUAAUUUCAACAACACAAUUUCACAAGAAGGGAGAACAGCUGGAUAUUUUGAAUUCGGAUUUUAUUUUGGCGUUAAGUUUGUUUUUGUUUUGCUGGAGAGAAGUAUGCUCUCGUGAUUUUAAGUGCUAUAGACAUUUUAACAAAAGAAACUCGUAUGUUUUAAAGAGCAAUUUCACUUUUAAAAACUGAAUAUGGCAGCACAUAUACGAAUGCUCUUACAACUUAUUAUUUGCAUGCAAUUUAUUUAUAUAACAAAGUCUUGCAUUUUAUUAUUGAACGGCUGGGAUCCACUUUCUAUAUACGAACGCACAGAAAUGGCCGAUGUCGUUGUCGGAGCUAAUGUCUUACGAGCGUUUAAGACAGAUCGUACAGAAGCUGGGACGUAUACAGCCGAAGUUAAAGUACUGAAUGUAUAUAAGGGUGAUGAAUUAAUGAGGAAUAUUUCGACCAGUGAAUAUAAAGUUUAUAACGUUAGUAAUUUUGGAGAUAAGACCAUGUGCUAUGCCGAUCUGACAGAGGGUGCAAAAUACAUUUUAUUCCUUACAAUUUAUAAUGGUCGAAUGUCGGCAAAAUAUGAUGAUAUUUUUGGAGCAGCCUCUGAUUUCUCUACAUACAAUGAACAACAAGUUUUAGAAUAUUUAGGUUGGUAUCAUUGGUCUGACUGGAGUUCCUGUACAACUAAAUGUAACUCCGGACAUCAAACACGUACCAGGACAUGUUCACGCGAGAACGUGACAGAUUGCGAGGGACAGGCCUUCGAGUCCCGUGAAUGCAAUACGUUUUCUUGCCAAGAUCAAAAGGAUCUUCUUUCGAAUCUCGGUGUUCCUAAACUUCCGCUUGGCGUUUCGCAGAACGUACAACGACCUACAGCUUACAUCAUCACAGCACGUGCUAAACUCUUCCUGCCAGUGGCUACUUUAUAUGACGUUACAUUACCACGUGAUUUCGCAAUUGUUUUAACCAUCAAGCUUCAGCCUGGAUUCAAGGGUUAUUUAUUAUCUGUCAGUGAUAUCCAAGGCAGGCAAAGAGUUGGAUUAUUUUUUGGGGAUGAAGAAAUUCGAAUGGAUUAUCUAGACGACAAUUAUUUUGGCGUCGCCAUGCCUACUUUUGAUGUCAACGUCACAGACGGCCAGUGGCACCAGUUGGCGCUUAGUUUAUCAGGAAAUGACGUCACUCUGUAUCAAGACUGUGUUAUCGUGUUGAAGAAGAGGCUCGAAAGAAGUAGAAUGUCGAGCUUUGGAAGUAAUUUGAUGUUAUCUGUUGGACCUUAUUUUCCUCGAUAUGGAAACCCAUUCACGGGUGAAUUAGAACAACUUGUUAUAAGUGAAAAGCCAGAAGUAGCUAAACAACAAUGUUCCGUACAGACCGGACAUAGGAUUGAACCAAUCAAUGAUGGAAGCUUAGUUGUAAAGCCGGUUACCAUGACAACCACUGUAUCUCUCCCAUCAACAACCACACAAGUACUCUCCUCAGAUUGGUCGGAAUGGUCAAGCUGUAGCACCACCUGUGGUAGAGGGAGCCAAUCUCGUACGAUGUAUUGUAGUAAUAAUGUUUUGAGUUUGGAGAGCUGCCUUCCACACAGUAGUACUCCGGUGCAGACCCGAAUUUGCUACCUCCAACACUGUAAAGAACCGUGCCUUUCGCCAUGUUUAAAUGGAGGUGUUUGUGAGAUAAAUGGUAGAUGUCGCUGUUCUCUUGGUUACCAGGGUGAUCAUUGUCAAGAUGCUAUUUGUCACCAAGGUUGUCAAAAUAAUGGCGUUUGCAUUGCACCUAACCAAUGUGCGUGUCCUUAUGGGUAUACCGGAAAUACAUGUAGUCAACCUGUCUGUGGCCUAGGCUGUAAAAAUGGCGGAAAAUGUGUGGCACCAGGAAAAUGUGAAUGUCUGAGUGGCUUUUCUGGUCCUGAAUGUAAACCAUUUUGCUUCCAAAUUUGUCAUAAUGGCGGUGUCUGUACACGUCACAACAUCUGCCGUUGUCCAAAGGGGUACUCCGGCCAGGACUGCUCCAUACCCGUCUGCUCUCUGGGAUGUUUUAAUGGCGGGAAAUGUGUUGCACCAGAAAAAUGUUCAUGUCCACGUGGUUAUAGAGGGCAAUAUUGUCAUAAAGCUAAAUGUCGACCAAAAUGUCAGAAUAAAGGAAAAUGUGUGGCACCGGAUACUUGCAUGUGCAAAAGGGGUUAUUUUGGUGCCCGAUGCGAACAGUUUCAGUGCACCAAGCAAUGCAAAAAUGGUGGGAAAUGUAUAGGGCCUAAUAAAUGUGAAUGUCCACCUUCAUUUCACGGCAGACGAUGUCAUAAAGAGAAAUGUUCUAUGAAAUGUUUGAAUGGAGGAAAAUGUAGAAGAAAUAAUAAAUGCAAAUGUAAGAAAGGUUUUGCUGGAAAAACUUGUGAAAUCAGAAACUGUAAAUAUGAACAAUAUACCAUACCAUAUAAAAGGAGCUAUAGACGAGUUGUGAGAGAAGAAUUUGUCACGAGAUGUGGUCCGUGGAAGUGGAAGAGAUGCGUUCAAACCAGAAUGAAGUAUGUCACCGUUGCCAAGGAAACAUUUAGAACAGCCUAUCGAUGUGUAUAGGCACUCAAUUCAUCUGUUUAACAGGUGAAACGAUCAAAUUUACUGCAUUGACAGCCUCUAUUAUCCAGUCGAAUGUUCUACGUGCGCUAAAGACUAGAACUAGGCUGACAGAGACUCAUUUAUUUAGUGCUUUCAAUAUUGGAGAAAAAAGUGUUGGCGAGAUUUGACUACUUCCGGUACUGUAAUUUAUUAAAAAAAGAGAAUGCGUUCAUGCCGGGAAUAGUUUAGGACACUGCGGCAAACAUCCAAAGAUAAAGAGAGACGAGGCUAUUUUGUUUUAUAAAAUAGCUCUUCCGCACUGUCUAUGAAUUUUAGUUUAUCACUGGACUUGUUUUUAUAUUUGCUAAAUUGAAUCCGACCUAAAUUUGGAAAUCAUAUAAUAACUUUUCACAUGGGCUUUAAAUAUUUUAUUUUAUUUUUUUGCUAAAAUUGCAUGAUGUUUUGUUUACUCGAAAGAUAUUAUUUUAUUGUAGAAUUAUUUUAAUGAAACAAAGAAUAUUCACAUUAUACGUGUGAGAAGGAUUUAAAUAUUAUCACGUAAUUAAUUCCGUCCAUUUUAUUGGACAGUUUAGUGCAAUAUACGUAAUUAUUUACACUUGUUACAUUUGGUUAUAAUUUU